AUGUAUGAGACACGUCUUGACAUAUGGUGUUUUUUUCAAAGUUUGUUCGGUAAGACUCGCGAUUGGUCUGAAAUGGAGUGUUGGAUUCAAAUUGCUAUUAUUGUCCAUCCGUUUGAUCUUGUUGCCAUUGUUUAUCUCGUGACUAUUCCUACAUUUCAUAUGCAUACAUUUAAGAUGCCUCCAAAGACGCGUGGUAGACGAAGUAGGGUUGGAAAUCGGGGUGGCCGAGGCCGUGGUCGUGGCCGUGGGGCGCCACCUGAGGAUGAGGUUAGUCAGCUUGGGGAGAAUCCUGGUGGAAAUCCGGGGGCUGGGGCCGGUCGAGGUGCAGGAGUACCUCCUAAUCAAACUCAGUUUGCUAGGGACCUUGUCGCAGCACUUACAGCUGCAAAUCUUUUGAACCAAGCUCCUAGGGAGAGCGUCGAGGAUCACGCUAUGGUAGCGAUGAAGGAGUUUAGCCAUAGGAACCCUUCGGUAUUCGAUGGGACUAGUAGCGACCCUUUGGUAGCCGACCAUUGGUUAGCUCAAAUUCGCAAGCUUUUUAGAGCUCUUAACAUCACUGAAGAUAAUAUCAGAGUGGGUAUCGUGGCCGUUCAACUUGUUGGUGAGGCCGAUGAAUGGUGGGAAUCCAUUUUGGAGAUUAGGAAAGAUGCAAGAAGGGCGGUGAGGACCGCAGCUCAAGUGAACGAACCAGAUGUUGAAAAUUUGACAUGGGCUAAAUUUGAGACUCUCUUUGAGGACCAAUACUUUCCGGAAACUUCACGUGAGAAUCUAAGGGAUCAAUUUGAGAAACUUGAGCAAGGUAAUAUGACCGUUUCAGAGUAUGUACAGAAAUUUCAAUCCUUGUCUCGUUUCGCUCCAGAGUUGGUGGCGACGGAGGAGAGGAAGUGUCGACGGUUUGAGAAGGGGUUGCAUAACACCGUGAGAAGAAUGGUGACGGUCCAACGUAAGAUGAAGUUUUCUGAAGUGGUGGAGUGCGCGAGAAGUAUUGAAAUACCAAAGGAAGCUCAACGAAAUGCAAGGGCGUGGGAACCAAGGUGUAACCAACCCGGGCACGUCCGUACUCAGUGUCCUCAGCUUUCUAAGGCGUGCUAUGAUUGCGGUAAGACGGAUCAUCUUGCUUGGAAUUGCCCUCAAGAAGCGGGAGCGCGUAGUGAGUCAGGCUCGAUACAACAGUCGAGGGCAGGGCGUGGUGUUGACCAUCAGUCUUUCAGGGGUACUCAGAGGCAGCAGCAGCCUCAUUUCCGCCAAACAUCGUCAGUUCAGAGUUCUGGGGUCGACCGGGGAGCGAGUUCGUCCGCACCUUCUCAAGGUUCCGGUCAUGGAGGAGGUUUUGUGCAGGGUCAGGGUACCCAGGGGCGUGUUUUCAACAUCAACACCAAUGCAUCACCUUCUGUUUCUCAGGCUCCAGAGACAUUGGUUGUAAGGGGUACUUUCCUUCUAUUCAAUUCUUUUGCUAGAGUACUAUUUGAUUCUGGAGCAUCCCAUUCUUUCAUCGCUACAUCAUUUGUGUGUGCAUUGGAAUUGUACACCGAGAGCCUUGAUUUGCCAUUAUCCGUCGAGACACCAUUAGGGGGACAAUCAUCUUUGAGUCGUAUUUGUAAAGGUUGUGAGCUUGUUGUUUGUGACCAUCACUUCGUUUUCGAUUUCAUUGUGCUGGAUAUGUCGGGAUUUGACCUCAUUCUGGGGAUGGAUUGGCUGUCUACAUUCCACACUACGAUCGAUUGUUUUAAGCGUCGUGUUCGCAUAUGUCCGCCUGAGGGUGUUUGUUUCGAAUUCCAUGGGGAACGUCGGGAACCGUUAGUACCGUACCUGUGUGGGCCUCGGGAAAGAGAGUUGAUUUAUGCUUUGUUAGCAAGCUUGACAUUAGAUGAGGAUAUGUCUACGCGUGGGGAGUUACCCUUGGUAGUUCGCGAGUUUCCCGAUGUAUUUCCGGAAGAGUUACCCGGUUUGCCUCCCGAGAGAGAAAUUGAGUUCACGAUAGACUUGCUUCCAGGCACCGCUCCUAUAUCAAUUCCUCCUUAUCGUUUUGCGCCCGCUGAACUUAGAGAGUUGAAACUCAACCGCGUAACCGUUAAGAAUAAGUAUCCCAUGCCAAGAAUCGCUGAUGUAUUUGAUCAACUCCGAGGUGCCACUUGCUUUUCCAAAAUCGACCUGAGGUCCGGUUAUCACCAAUUGAGGGUUCGUAGGGAGGAUAUUCCUAAAACUGCCUUUUGUACUCGCUAUGGCCAUUACGAAUUCGUUGUGAUGCCAUUCGGUUUGACAAACGCUCCAGCUACUUUAAUGGGCCUAAUGAACCGCAUCUUUCGUGCCUACCUCGAUCAUUUUGUGGUUGUAUUCGUUGACGACAUUCUCGUUUAUUCAUCCACGGAAGAGGAACACCAAACUCAUCUUGCCAUCGUUCUAGAACUCUUAAGGGAACACCGUUUAUACGCCAAGCUUAGUAAGUGCGAGUUUUGGUUACCCGAAGUUAAGUUUCUGGGUCAUGUGGUUUCGAAGGGGGGAGUAUCCGUCGAUCCGGGGAAGAUAGAAUCCAUUAUGAACUGGCAGCGACCGAAGAACGUGUUUGAAAUCCGAAGCGUUUUGGGGUUGGCCGGAUAUUACCGUCGUUUUGUUCUUGACUUUUCUCGUCUAGCGGCAUCGAUGACUAGGCUAACGCGUAAGGGGACCCGUUUCGUUUGGAGUGACUCUUGUGAGACGGCUUUUGAGGAAUUGAAGAAGAGGUUGACUACUGCACCUGUUUUGAUUGUGCCCGAACGUGGAGUUGGCUACUCCGUGUAUUGUGAUGCGUCUAAAUAA